AUCCUCCAGAUGCGCGUAAAGUGAGUCACGAAACUUGCAAUGGACAGAUAUUUGAGAUGGUUCAUCAAAUAUCAAGCGUACAUGAUCGUCGUGUUCACGCUGCUGAUGGUGGUUCUGGUUACGCCGGCCAUGGCACAAAACAACAUACAGGAAAUUGAAAAUCUACGCUUCGGCGGUACAGUGGCGACCAUAUUCGGCUUCUCCUGGGCCGCAGCCGUUCUUUGUCUGGUGUACAGCAUACAAAACGAGGAUAAACGUUUCAUCUAUCCGUAUCUGGCCGUGUUUGGAUUGGAUCUCACACUGUUGCUACUGCGAGAGUUCUACCUUAUGAUAGCCCAUGGAUUUUUUAUAGAAAUUAUAACCGUUAAGAUAUUUAUCGCUACGAUAACUAUACCAUACGUAUUCGCAAGUCUGUUUGCGCUUCAUCGACUAUUUACGGUGGAUCCAAUUGAAACACAGCGCAGCGAAGGGUUUGUGCGUUUCGAUCGCAACGAGACGACGAGUGGUAUCCAGGAGAAUCCGCACAGCACCAUCAGUACGUCGACGCCCAAUGGAGUACAAGUCGUGUAG